AUGCCAGCAAUAGUAAAGAACACAAUCAACCUCUUCCGCACCUCGCGCAAAGCGGACCCCGUGGAACCACCCGACAACCCACUAGUGUUUCCGAGCACGCCGUCGCCCCCGCCUCUGCCGCCUGCGCCUGCCCUGCCGCCGCCGGUGCGCCGAUACUCGCCCAACAACGAGCAGCUGGCCGGCGCCGGCGGCGUGCCCCCCCGCGCCACCGCUCCGCCCACAGUUCCAAUGCCGCCAAAGCCCAAAUCCCGCCACAGCUCGGCGCCGGUGCCCAACUAUGCCGCGCAUGGCGGCGGCGCUGCGGACAUGACGCCGACGACGCAGGCAAAAGUCUUGCCUUGGGUCAACGGCUUGCGGAACCAGGUAUACGAAGAGCCCAUGGGCCUCGUCGGGCCGUACCCCGCUCCUCCCACCCGCCCGCAGUCACUCUACUCGCCACCUCCUUUACCUACCGUCCCCAAACCUCCCUCUGCACUGACCUUCGCCGCGCUCGUCGAGGAGCAGGACCCGGUUCCUCCCAGCCCCCGCCGGCAUGAGGACGAUGUGCUCAGCCGCGGCGCCGGACUGGCAGCCGACGUUGACAAGGCCAUGCUGGCGUUCCCCAGCCUGCGGGAUUUCCCCUCCACGCCGGGGACGUUUGGCGGGACGCCGGCCGAGGGGUCCUUUAAGCAGGACACAGCUCCCCUCAUGAAGGCUUCAAAGCCUGCCAAGUCGAAGGAAAAGAAGACGACGCCGCGCCAGUCACACUCGAUGCCGCCGGCCCAGACGCUCGAGAAACAGCCCUUCGCGCUGCCACCUGCCGUGGUCUUGCCCCGGAUCCACAAACAACGCCGCGAGUUCCCCUUCUCGAUUGAAGAAGCGUUCGUCACCCAGGAGAGAGAGAAGGCGCGCGCAGACACCUUCGCGCAGCUCGUGGCGAAUCAGGGCAAGCCAGCCGUGGCGCCGAUUGCGAAGCUCGGCAGCCCGUUCCGACCUGAUACGUUUGAGACACUCCCGACUUCAACCGACACCUCCUUUGGACAUAUUGCCCAUGAGAAUGGCAGGCCGAUCGCCUCGGCGGCCAACACGCCACACGCGCCCAAGCGCACCGAGGACAGGGCCACGAGCAUGCCGCCCGCCGCAGUGCCACAGGAUCCGCCGUUCAUCUUCCACACGACCAGCCCUGCAAUGUACAUGGACAGCUUGAGAUUCGCUGCUGCUCCAGUGCAGGUGGCGAAGAUCAACGAGGUCCGCGUGGACCAACAAAGUGCCUAUGUGGAGACUGUAAUGGAUGAGGAGGCGACCCCGCGGGUGAGGCAAAAGUCUGAGCGCGCGAUUGUGGUCAACCCGCCAAGUCGUGACGAGCCGCAAGCUGCUACCCAACAGACUCCCAAGGCCGGACACAGCCAUUCUCGCCAACAGAGUGCCCCACUGUCGUACUUCUCCGAUGUGCUCAGCGAAGCCACUUUCAAAGCCCCGUCGUACGCCCCGACAACCACGACCAACGUCCACAACAUGGUCGAGCAGAGCUCGUUCCACGACGAGACGCUCUGUCAACUUCUCGAUGCCGCGCGGUUGAACUUGGUUGGCGAGCAGGCAAAGAAGGCGCUCAUGCGCGCCGCACGCGCUCGUGUUAUUGAACUCAAGGAUAUCAAGGAGCACGGCGAGCAAAGUCCUCCGCCGAUUCACAUGACCUCGCCAUUGGCCAUCAAGAAGAAGAAACAUCACCGGGCAAAGACAGAGGAGGCUACAAUCCCCCAUUCAAUGGUUGAGGCAGCGGCCAAGUUGUCCAAGCAGGCAUCAAAGGCCGAGAUUGUUGCCAAAAUGCCUUCGGUGCCACAGUCCGCGCCCGCUCCUGAGCCAUCGACUCCCAGCGACAGGAGCACCAGACAACAGAGUCCACCCCCGUGGGCCAACGAAAUUAUCCAGCGCCUCGAAGCCUUUGACGCCCGCUUCUCCGAGCUCGGGAAGAGGUCAACUGACAAGGGCCCCCUCGAAGCAGCUGUCAUCUUUGGAACUGGUCCAUCGGCCGAGGACAUGGAAGUCCUGAAGAACGCGUUAAAUAACAUCUCUGCGUACCCUGCGUAUUCGUACGCAGGUGAAACCAUCGACUUUGGGUACGCAAAGCCCGGUUCGAUUCACACCGUCGCUCCCACAGUGUCACCCGAGAGCGACCCUCGUGGCGCUGCCUCUAACGUGAACCUUAACGAGGCUACACCCAAGCAGCGAGACACCAUGACAUGGGGCUCAGAGGUGGAUAUGCCUGAUCAGACACCACCCCUUAUGCCCCGUCCUCCUAGGAUAGAGAUCCAGCCGCCCACCACUCUUGCGAGCAAGACAACCACCGGGACGACUCAUUCGCCAACAAACAACGCCUCAGGUUCGCCCUCGGAAGCCAGCAACGCACGCACGUUUGGCGUUCGUACGCCCGAAAAGCCUCCUCCAGUGCCCUCAAAGAGUGUUGGCCCCAAAUCAGUCUCCAACACGGAACCGAGGCCUAGCAGCAGUGCAGGCAUGGUGUCCAUGAGCACGCCUCCCGUCAAGCCCGCCGACCUCUUCUCCAUGACCAUGUCGCCUACCACCACUUAUCGGUCACAUGCGUUCCACGGGAGCGUGGAUAUGCCCCAAAUGAAGUCUACUGUCCCAGCGGCGCCAUGGGACCUGGUUACCCAGCGAUUGUACGGCUGGGCUCUCGUGUGGGAGGAGGACUCUUUUGUGCGGGCACUCGAGAGGAUGGCCCUUGGUUUCCAGGUCAAAUUCCCUCUCGCCGUCUACACAAUGCUGAUCUUCAAGCGAAACAUCCAUCGGCGGCUGAACAUGACGCCGCCACUCGUCUGCGACAAACUCUUUGUCCCACCCAACAUCGCGGAUGGCAUCAACAAGUCUGUCCACUCGAAGCAGUUCUCCGACGCCAAGCUCAUCCUCGAAAGCUUGUGGCAGCCUUUCCGUUUCAAGGAGCCACCGCGUGUCAUUGUCUCUCUGAUGAAGCAUGGGGGGCGGGAGAAUACGUGGCUCGCGGCCCGCCACGACCUGACCACUGGCAAGCUGCUAGUCUAUGUCGUUGGCCCGGGCCUCCAAGAUGCUCCAGAGGGCAAGGACCUCGACAAUCGCGUCUACAUGUGGUGGCUGGCCAUCCGCCAGGCGUGGCCUCAGUACAGCAUCCCACACACUGACACUCCUGACCGACUCCCAUACACCAUCAAAACUGUGCCAAUCCCGGUCGCCCAGAAGGAGUCAUCUUCGCUGAAGGCAAUGGUGAUCAGCCGCAACUUCCUGCUCGGCAUGCGGCCCGAGACUACCGACGAUGUCACUCGCCUUCGCGAGGCUGUCUGGGGAGAGGUUCGACGACUCCUGCUCAAGAAGCAGCAGGGCAAGCUGCACGUCCACUCGAUGGACGCCGGCGCCACCGACACCAUCUCCAACCUGUGA